AUGGCCCCUUACACCUACCAGCAGGUUAGGGGCUACUACUAUGGCUUGCCCUCUCGGUCAAGCUUCGUGGCCAACACGAUCAACGAGGUGUGGGUGCUGCCCACUGGCCCAGAGGAUUACACGCCAGCCAAGAUGCUCCGCGCUGUCGGCGAGCACAAGGUCGUCGAGCUUUGGGAGGCCGGCCUCGCUGACCAGGUUACUGCCCGUCUCAGUGCUAUGAAGGUGGACUGGACCAGCCUCGACGUGGUCCGCAUUGGCAUAGUAGGUGAGUCCUCUGCCCCUGUCACUCUCCGGAUCGGAGUCGUGCUCGAGUCCCUCCCCGACGAGAAUGGCCGCACCAUGGCCUUUGAUGCUCGCAAAGUCCUCUACAAGUGCGGCAUCAAGGACGUCGAGGUAGAGAUCCGUGAAUCCCGCGUCUUCAAGUCUGUCGGCCCAAAGCUUUUCAUACCAGCCCUCUCAUCUAAUCCCCUUGUCACGUUCGUUGACCCUCUGAGCGUUGCGCUCGGCCUCCCCAUCUGUGCCGAUGGAAGGUGGCAUGCCGAAGGAACGGGUGGCUUCUACAUCGCUAGGUCUGGUGCUGUCGACAAGGUCUUCCUCGCCACUGCACGGCACGUCAUCCCCCCACCGAGCCUGGAAAACAACGAGACGAUCGAGUGCAAGAAUCCCGGUCAGCUUCGCCACAAAGUGAUCCUCCUCGGCGAUGCCGCUUACAAGAAUCUCGUCGCGUCCGUCAUGGGUCAGAUUGGGCGGAAGGUAAUGAUUGCCGAGCACCAGGAGGCGCGUUGCGAGAUGAUGGAGGGGAGGGAGGGUGACGAUGCCAACCCGGUGGAUCGCAUCCUCGGUCACGUUUUCAAUGUCGAUUCCCUCGGAUUCACCCAGGACAUCGCUGUCAUCGAGGUCGACCCGUCCAAGAUUGACGCAAGCAACUUCUACGGGAACGUAAUCGACCUUGGCAUGGUGAUCGACUCCGCCGACUUCAUGCUUAAAAUGUGCCCCGACGUUCACAACCGCACCCAUUUCAAGUAUCCCGCAGAUCGCCUGCUGAAGCUCCACGAUACCACCUCGGUCGACGGGAUGCGUCGCCCGCAGACAAUUGACCAGAACGACGAGAUAUGCAUCAUGGUCCUCAAGAACGGUGGCAAGACCGGUCUGAUCAUCGGCCGCGCCAACGGUGUCUUCUCGUACGCUCGCUACUACUUCGAAAACAGCGUUGGCAUCAUCUCCAAGGAAUGGACAAUCCUCCCAGUUGACAGCAAGUCUGGCUCCUUCUCUGCUCUGGGUGACUCGGGUUCGGUCAUCGUCGACGGCAGCGGACGCAUCGGUGGUCUACUCACUGGCGGUGGGGGCAAUACGGAAACCUCUGACAUUACAUAUGCCACACUCAUUAGCUUCAAUCUGGAGCGCUUGAGGGCUUUUGACUUCAUCGCCGAUUUCAACCUGCCGUUCGUCACCUAG